AAGAAGGAGAAGGCAAUGAAGUGGAGGCAGAUUUGUUUAGUCUAUGCCUUCGGAAAAGUAAAGAUAAAAUUUACUUUCACAGGCUGGCUCUUCCACUUUCUGGAAGGGACUCCGAGAUCCUGCUGGCUAGGAGAUUCCUGCCUGUCUUUUCACUGAAGAGAAAAGUUGAAUUCUUUAAAGUUUGAUUCACUGUCCUAGAAGCCUUGUCAACUUCGGUUGUUAUACUCGUUGGAGGGUUCCUGGCUUUUACUAUAUUUUCCAUUAUUGCUUAGGUUUUGUUGUAUGUGGCUCCAAUUUCCAAACCCAUUCUCAUAUCUGGGAGGAGAUAAGAUUAGUUGGGGUUGAGGUUAGGGCUGGGGUCUCAAUUUGUUCCCGAGAUGGAAAGGUUUGGAGAGUUUCGUCAGAAGGUAUGAAAGAUGCCGCCGAGCUAUUGGGACACCGGGAGGCGGUGAAGUGUCGGCUGGGCGUGGGGGGCUCCGACCCUGGGGGUCAUCCGGGAGACCUGGCCCCCAACUCGGACACGGUAGAGGGAGCAACACUUCUCCCGGGAGAGGACAUCACCACGGUGGGCUCUAACACGGCCUCACUGGCGGUCAGCGCCAAGGACCCGGACAAACAGCCGGGGCCACAGGGCGGGCAGAACCCCAGUCAGGCUGGACAGCAGCAAGGGCAGCAGAAACAGAAGCGCCACCGCACUCGUUUCACCCCCGCGCAGCUCAACGAGCUGGAGAGGAGCUUCGCGAAGACUCACUACCCGGAUAUCUUCAUGAGGGAGGAGCUGGCCCUGCGAAUUGGCCUCACCGAGUCCCGAGUACAGGUAUGGUUCCAGAACCGCCGCGCCAAGUGGAAGAAGCGCAAGAAGACGACGAACGUUUUCCGGGCUCCCGGGACGCUGCUGCCCACACCGGGCCUGCCACAGUUCCCCUCGGCCGCCGCGGCCGCCGCAGCCGCAAUGGGGGACAGCCUGUGCUCCUUCCACGCCAAUGACACCCGCUGGGCAGCGGCUGCUAUGCCGGGCGUGUCGCAGCUGCCGCUGCCGCCCGCGCUAGGUAGGCAACAGGCCAUGGCGCAGUCUCUGUCUCAGUGCAGUCUGGCGGCCGGGCCCCCGCCCAACUCGAUGGGCCUGUCCAACAGCCUGGCGGGUUCCAACGGCGCCGGGCUGCAGUCUCACCUCUACCAGCCCGCCUUUCCCGGUAUGGUGCCCGCCUCCUUACCCGGCCCGAGCAAUGUCACGGGCUCGCCCCAGCUCUGCAGCUCCCCGGACAGCAGCGACGUGUGGCGGGGCACGAGCAUCGCGUCCCUUCGCCGCAAAGCACUAGAGCACACAGUGUCCAUGAGCUUCACCUAAUGCCCCCUCUCCCGGACCCCGGGCCCAAAUCCCGACCCUGCUCUCCUCCUCUUCCCCGAUGGCCCAGCAGCACCUCACCCAUCUCCUUUCCAUUCCUCUGGCCUCCCCCCCGAUCCCACAGCAGCUCUCCUACCCCCAUCCCUGCGCCUCUUUCCUAGAUCUCCCCAAUCCCCUCUCCUGCUUCUGCUCCCCCCAGUCCCCCGACUUUUCGGUCUCUCCCCGCCUCCUUCCCUUGCCUAUCCUUGCUCUCCAGUCCCCUCUGCUCACGAGGCCUCCUCGUCCUCCUCUUCCAUAAGCUCAUCUCUCUCCUUGACUUCUUCUUACUCCCUGACUUCUAACUCCCUUCCUCCCUCUCCAUGCCGCAUCACCCUAAUCCCCCACCCCCGCUAGAAGCCAGUUUCUUUAUCCUUACCGUCUUCCCUCCUACACUUGACCCUCCAAAUCAAAUCCCUCUGUUCUUUCUCCACUCCAGAAUGGUCACCCUCUUUUGGGCAACUUCUUUCCCCCAUCAGCCUCUCCAAGCCUUUGCCCUUUUUUUCAGUUACGCCUUCUCUUCUUGAAGGAGUGUUACCACCGUCCACAUUUCCUAUUCUCACUAUCAUGCCUUACCUCCUUGUCUCUUUCUGGUUUUUCUACCCACAUCCCCUAUACCUUCUCAUUACUCCCCCUAAGUUCCCUCUUCACUGCCCUCCUCCUCUUCACAUUCUCCUCCUUCAUUUCCCCUUUUACUCUUCCCUGCCUCACUCACCUCCCGCUACCCUUCUCCUAGCACCCCGAGAAAUGCAUUAUUCCCGCCAUUUUACUUACCAGGGAGUCGACUCAGGAUCUGAAAACAGACACCAAUGGACUGGUUUGUGGGCAGAAAUACACACACACAAACGCAAACACAAACAUACACACACAAAACACCUAAGUCACACAACGACAUGCUCAAGGGACAACACAAUAUUAGGGACUUUUGUCUUAAAGGAGGACAAGUGUCUGCUACCGUCUGCCUCAUCUAAGGGCCUAAUUGAUCUAAUUUAAUUUUUUUCUGUCUUCUUCUUCUUCUUCUUCUUCUUCUUCUUCUUCUUCUUCUUCUUCUUCUUCUUCUUCUUCUUCUUCUUCUUUUUCUUCUUCUUCUCUCUAUUCACCUGCUACCCCACCUUUCCACCCAACUACCUACCCAGCCAUUUCUUUGGCUUGCUGCGGAAUAUUGUUUUCUUGUCUUUUUCUUUUUUCUUUUUAAGCACAACAAUGUGGGAGUAUAAUUAGGAAGUUUCUUAACAGGAAAUUGCCACUUGGCUAGGAGGCUGGAGCAGACUAAGAAAGUUACAUGAUGCAUAUAGGGGAGGUGAUCUCACCCAUUUUGAUAAGUAUUUAUAAGGAAGAAUUAAAAAAAAAAGUCCAAGUAAUAUUUCCUUUUGUAAAAGCAAAAGCCACAUCCCUUUUCUGGGUCUUUCAGGUUUGGCUUUCUGUUGGUUUUGUUUGACUUUUCUAUCUUUGUUCUUUGCCAGUCUGUCUGUCCCUCUUGGUUGUUUUGUUUGCUGUUGCUGUUGUCCCCACUGCACCUAGGCUAAGGCCACUGGCCCCUGCUGAGGGAGCAGGUCCAUGACCAGGCUGGGUGCCUGCACAUGGACACCUCCAACCCUGCAACUUUGUACAGAGAAACACAAUCAGCUUUUUCUGCAUGUGCUGGUCAAAUCCAACCCCAGAGAACAGAAGCUAUUUCUAAGAAUGAACAAACAUGUGAAAUAGGAUGUUUUGUGUAGAUAAAGCAUUCUUGUUACAUACUGGUCAAUUUGUGAUAUGUUUUAACUUAUUGUCUGUGCUAAUUUAUUGAAUUUGGUUUUCUUAAUAAAUGUUUGAGCUAAUAUAAAGCAUAUUAUUUGACUUUUCCGGACAACUUUAUAUCGAGUUAAAUGUAAAUGGAUAAAAUAAAAUCAUUUUCAGUAUGUG